UAAACAACAAAAAUCCAACUGUUCAUCAGACAUCAAAAUCUUUACUCACUGUAUUGCGAAUUAAUUCUUGGCUAUACAUAUACAUUAUAUAUAUAUAUGAUAUUGGAGGCGGAGAAAGCAAAUGAAAAGUUGAAAACAAGAGAAGAUCAAGUGGAAAAAGAAAGCAGAACAAGAAAAUGGCAAAUGCAGACCCAAGCCAGAAGGUUGACUACGUUUUCAAAGUAGUGUUGAUCGGUGAUUCAGGUGUGGGUAAGUCUCAAAUUCUUGCUCGCUUUGCUAGAAACGACUUCAGCUUAGAUUCCAAGUCUACCAUCGGAGUUGAGUUUCAGACUAGAACCCUCCUCAUUGAGCACAAGAGUGUUAAGGCUCAGAUCUGGGACACUGCUGGUCAAGAACGAUACAGGGCGGUUACGAGUGCAUACUAUAGGGGUGCUGCCGGCGCAAUGCUGGUUUAUGAUGUAACGAAACGCCAGACCUUCAAUCACAUCGCACGCUGGCUAGAAGAGUUGCGCGGUCAUGCUGACAAGAACAUUGUUAUAAUGCUGGUUGGGAACAAAAGUGACCUCGAAAAGCAGCGGGAAGUCUCAACAGAGGAUGCCACCGAAUUUGCUCAAAAGGAAGGACUAUUUUUCUUGGAGACCUCAGCUCUUGCAGCGAAAAAUGUUGAGACCGCAUUCUUAACUGUGCUUACCGAGAUCUUCAACAUCGUGAACAAGAAAAACCUAGUUGCCGGUGAGAAUCAAGGGAACGGCAAUAGCAAUCCCACGUCACUAGCAGGCAAGAAAAUCAUCAUUCCAGGUCCAGCUCAAGAAAUUCCAGCAAAGCGCAACAUGUGUUGUAGAUCAUGAUGCAAUUGGAUUUAUCUCCUAAUGUCAGUUUCUUUCUUUCACAUUUUUAUCUGCUUGUAUAUUUACAUUGCUAUAGCUUUAAGCUUGCAAGGGCAGCUAAUUAAUUGAAUGUUUUUGAGAUUGAGGAAUAAUAUGAAACCAAAAUUUUGAAGCUUCAAUAA